CACACAGGACACCGGAUAAGACAAGAGAAAUACUCCAGAUGUAACAGACUGACCCUAGCCCCCCGACAUUACAUGCGUAAUGACCUGUCCAGGCUCCAGAUCCGUUGUGUUAACUCUGACCAGGGCUGUGAUGCCGUCUGCUGCCUGGAGACACUUCACACACACGAGGACGAGUGUCCAUUCACCUUCAUAUCCUGCUCCUACACAGGUUGUCCGGUGCAGGUGGAGAGGAGGGGUCUGGAGUCUCACCUGUUGGAGUGUGAGUUCCGCAGCAGGGUGUGUCCUAGCGGCUGUGGCCACACCCUCCUCUCUGUAGACCAAUCACAGCACAACUGUGUUGCGGUGCUACGAACAGAAUUGGAGCUGCUCAGGGCAGAGAUGUGGGGUAAGGUGGAGGAGGUGAGGCGUGAGAUGGAGUCGAGGCUGGACUCUCAGAGGAGACACAUGGUGCAGAAAGAGUCUCUGCUGAAGAGCGAGGUGGAGGACCUCAAGGGCCAGGUGUCGAGGGUGGUGUGUGAUGUGCGGGCUCUCUUGGAGGCAGAGCGCCUGCGGAGACAGGAGCUGGCAGAAGCGGAGCUAGAGAAGAGGGAGCUACUGGAGAUGUUCCGGAGCCUGCAGCCGUUCAGGGGCCAGCGGAACAGAGACAAGCCAAUCAGAGGACUGCAUCAAGAAGACGGGACAAUUAGGAGCCAGCAUCAAGUAGAACACCCAACCAGGGGCCUGCUGAGGGCGGGGCCAACACAGGCUUCUACCCAAUCACUACCCUCGGCUUUGCCCACUCCAGCCUUAUACCCGCCUACCUCCCCACAGCCAGGGGAGGGGUCACGUAAGGCCCGCCCCCGCAGCCUUACCCUCGACUGCAUCAAGAGCAGAGAGGUCACCGUCAUCUGAGGGGUCAUUCCUAAUGUUACUGGGUUAUGUUCAGUACUGGGUUAUGUUCAGUACUGGGUUAUGUUCAGUACUGGGUUAUGUUCAGUAGGCACAAAUGAGAGAAAAUGCUUUAACUUCCUCAAUUCCUUCUUCAUUUAACCGUCUCAAAACAUUUUAUCUGGUGUGGCAUCUCCUGAACGCACCCUUGAUGAUUGGCAGAUACCUGUGACAUUGCUUCAACUCAAGAGAAAACCAGCCUGCUGAGAUCCUAAAUAAAGUCUGCUGAAACACC